AGAGGCAUCUAUCGAAAAGCGCGUCGAUGUCAGACUGACCCCUGUGAUGAGUGCGAGUACCAAGGUCAGUCCCACACAGUUGGGGACAGGUGGAGGUCCGACCAUUGCCACUUGUGUCAUUGUUUGCCCAACCUCUCGGUGCAGUGCUCUCCCUACUGCCCGUAUGCUGUUACCGGAUGCCCACAGGGCCAGAGUCUAGUUCCCGGAGAGGGUGACACAUGUUGUUACUGUCAAGCGAGCAAUAAAAGUUCCGCAGUGACACUCAGCCCCUCCCCUGUGACUUCCGAGCCAGGAAAGGACAUCGCUCCCUUGGUGCCCACCUACCCACUCCCCCCUGGCGAGGAGUGCUGGUUUCCUUUGGGCGUUCAGUUUCUACCGGCUUCCAGUUUCCAUGCCUCAUCUCAACAAACCGGUCAUCCCCCUGAGGCAGCUCGCCUUCAUGGCUGGGACCCCCACACAGACCUUCAGGGCUGGAGUCCAGAACCAGAAGAAUAUAAGGAUCUACCACAGCGCAGCCGCGAGGGGCACAGUAGCAACGCACAAAGCCCCUACAUACAGAUUGACCUACUGAAAGAAUACAACAUCACGGGGGUACUUACCCAAGGGGGUGGUGUGUUUGACACAUACGUUUCCAGCUUAUAUCUGCAGUUUAGCCGAGAUGCAAAACUGUGGUACAUCUACAAAGAGCUUGUGACUGACGCGCAGCCCAGAGCUAAGGUUUUUCAUGGUAAUCACAAUGAGGGAGGGGUUGCUGAGAUCAAAUUGGACCGGAUGGUGUCGGCUCAGUUUGUCCGCCUGCUACCACAUGAUUUCCAUAAUGGCAUCUAUCUUCGUCUUGAAAUUAUGGGAUGUGAACAUGGGUAUCGCUGGUCAACCGUACCCACACCGACUUGGACCGUCUCGCCAAUGGGUGGCUGCAGAGAAAAAGAACUCCAGUGCAAAAAUGGACGCUGUGUACCAGCCGGCCCGUCAGGAGUUAUCUGCGAUGGGGUCGAUGAUUGUGGUGACGGCUCGGAUGAGAUGUACUGUGGCACACAGACCUACCCGACAAGUCCUCGGAGCUGUCUGGGUGGUCAGUACUUAUGCCUUCCACCAGGGGGCUGUAUCGACACAGGAAAACGUUGCGAUGGGAUUCCUCACUGUCCCAGAGGAGAUGAUGAAAGUGAAUGUCACCUGCCUGAGAACGUCACGGCGCAGUCUGACAGACCAUACACACCCACCGCUGCCCCGAUCAGAACCCCUUCCAGGAUCCCUGCAAUAUCACCAACAGAUGGUGGCACUGGAUAUCGUGGCAUUUGCUCCUCUGCACUCGGACUGGAGGAUGGAAGCAUUCGUUAUGGUCAGCUGACCUCAUCCUCCUAUCGUGAAAACAACCCCGCUGAUGCCGGUCGAUUGAAUAUCAUUCCCAAUGUUCAAGUUAUGGAGCCUGGAUGGAGCCCCUUGCCUACAGACCUCCAACCGUACUUCCAGGUCGAUUUCCUAGAGCCCACGUGGGUUUCAGGGGUUGUGAUGCAAGGCAGUGAGCGCAUGUGGGGUUACCUCACGAAAUACAGAUUAGCCUUUGCCCUGCAUGGCAGCCUCUUCACCAACUAUACACAGGAUGGCAAGCCCGGUAGUCCUGCUAAGGUGUUCGAAGUACGGAUGGUGGGUCGGACCCCUGUGACCCGCUGGCUCGGUAGGCUUGUCCGGGCUCGCUACCUGCGCAUCAUUCCCGUGGAGUUCAGACACACAUUCAACCUACGUGUUGAGAUCCUCGGCUGCAGAGGAGAUGAGCUAGUGACGCCCAGCAGUGUUACCUCUCCCUCUGGUGGUAGGAAAAUUACACUGAAACACUGUCAACCAGGCCAGUUCGCCUGCCAGCAGCGUUGCUGGUCCUAUGAGUUUGCCUGUGCCACUGGUGGGCAGUGUGUGCCCCAAACUUGGCAUUGUGAUGGCGAGUCCGACUGUUUGGAUGGUAGUGAUGAGCAGCAGUGCCCUUCACUCUGCGGUCCUGGCCAAGUGCUCUGCCUGAGCGGCGACCAAUGCGUGCGUUACCAGCAACUGUGUGACGGCAACGCAGACUGCCGUGACGCAUCAGAUGAGAGCAUAGACAACUGCGGCUCAGUCCGGAUCCCCCCAUGUCCCGGCAGCUUCUCAUGUGACAAUCGCACCUGCGUGAACAUGUCAAGAGUGUGCAACGGUAUCCCUGACUGUCCGCGGGGUGAUGACGAGCUCCUGUGUGGUAAAUACGUCUCACCAGCGCCCCCUGGCGAUAGGAAUACCACCGUCUCCUGUCCCGAAUUCACCUGUCUGGAUGGAUCUUGUAUCAAUUUCAACAUGAUGUGCAAUGGUGUGGCAGACUGCCCAGACUCCUCACUGGCACCGCACGGGGGUCCGACUGAUGAGCAGGGUUGCCGAAGUUGGGGCUCCUGGGGUUCUUGGACCCCCUGCAGCACCACCUGUGGUACAGGCUCCAUGAGCCGGCGCAGAUCUUGUCCCGCGGGAGACAUAUUGCACCACUGUCGGGGUCAGGAGGUCCAGAAGCAGCAGUGCUUCAACACCACUUGCCCUGUGGAUGGUCGCUGGCUUCCAUGGGUGAGCUGGUCAAACUGUUCCAGCGAGUGUGGAGGAGUGCAGAUCCGACACAGAGACUGCAUCCUGCCUCAAAAUGGAGGACGAGAUUGCUUCCAGCUCCCAGGACCAUCCAACCUAAGCUUGGAAAUUAGGCCUUGUUCGGAGGAUGCCUGUUCCAGCAGCAGCUGUCCGACAGGCCUGGUGAGACACAACUGUUCCCCCUGCCCUGUGUCUUGCGCUCACAUCAGCAGUGGGACUACCUGCGAUCCCACAGCACCCUGCUUCUCAGGCUGCUGGUGUCCAGAGGGGCGGGUAAUGAGCCACACACAGCAAUGUGUGUUGCCAGAGGAGUGUGUGUGUGAGCUGGCAGGUGUGCGCUACAGGCCAGGACAGCAGAUGAAGGUGGACUGUGAGAUUUGUGUUUGUGAGAGAGGAAGACCUCGACGAUGCCAACCCAACCCGGACUGCUCUGUGCUCUCCCUACUGCCCGUAUGCUGUUACCGGAUGCCCACAGCGAGCAAUAAAAGUUCCGCAGUGACACUCAGCCCCUCCCCUGUGACUUCCGAGCCAGGAAAGGACAUCGCUCCCUUGGUGCCCACCUACCCACUCCCCCCUGGCGAGGAGUGCUGGUUUCCUUUGGGCGUUCAGUUUCUACCGGCUUCCAGUUUCCAUGCCUCAUCUCAACAAACCGGUCAUCCCCCUGAGGCAGCUCGCCUUCAUGGCUGGGACCCCCACACAGACCUUCAGGGCUGGAGUCCAGAACCAGAAGAAUAUAAGGAUCUACCACAGCGCAGCCGCGAGGGGCACAGUAGCAACGCACAAAGCCCCUACAUACAGAUUGACCUACUGAAAGAAUACAACAUCACGGCCCAGAGCUAA